AUGGAGAAUAAGUUGGAGAAGCUCCGCAGACGCUACCCUGCGCACGUGCCGGUAAUUUGUGUGCACAGCCGAGAUGACAAGAGGGAGCAGAAGCUAAUCGUGCCCAACGACACAACAGGUGCCGCGUUCCUGGACAUAGCUCGUGAAAAGUGUGCGUGGGCCGUGCAAGGUGGCAAAGUCUUGCUAUGCAAAGGCAAGGGCUCGACCACGAUGGAGGUGCCAGGAGAGAGGACGAUGAAGCAGUUGGAUUCUAUGUUCAAGGCACCGGACGGAGCGCUGUACUUCAGGGUGGAAGCUGCGAAGGACGCGGCAGAAGGGCCUCAAGAAUUCAAGAUGGACGAGGCAGUCCCACAGGAUCAGAAGAAAGUAAAGGCCAAAAAAGUGGCGAUCUCCGACAAGGAUUCCAAGGAUGACAUCGCUGAAAAAGCCCGACGAGUUCGCAUGAAGCACCCAGACCGCGUUCCAGUGCUCAUCAACCAAGCAGAAGCGCCAGGAUUGCCUGCCCUGGACAAGAAGCUUCUCAUUCCGAAGAGCAUGACGUGCAAGGAUUUGCGCAAGAUUCUUCCAAAACAUCUGGGCUGCGGGCAUUUGGACGUGGACUGGAGCACCGUGAUCUUUCAGCUGGCUGGUGUAGAUGUCGAGGAGCACGAGCUAGUCUCAGAUGUCUACGCUCGUUGCGUUGCUCCAGACGACGAGGGAAUUAUGCUCUCUUUGGAGCUGCCGAGCGAGGAUGUUCCUCCACUGGCCGCACGUGAUGCAAAACCUCCUGAGCUAGCCGAGGACGUCAGCUUCUCACCACCUUCAGCCGAGGAGCUGCGAGUUCUGGAGCAGCAGCUGAUUGAGGUGAACGUCGCUUUCGGAGAGGCAAGAAAGGCGCAGCAGGUUGCUGCCGACAAGUUGGCCGAAGAGGAAGAGCGCGCCUGGGCGGCGGAAGAGAGGGCGCUGAAAGCCGACCAGGAACUGGCGAUGCGAUGCCAGGCGCACAAACACGAAGCGGAGGCUUUCCGGAGCGAGGUUGCAGAGGCCAGGCAAGCUCGGGAGGCUUUGGAGUCGAAGCUGGCCAAAGGAACAGAGGAAAUCGAUGCAUUGCGGCUGCAUGUGGACUGGCUGGAAGAUGCCCUUCAGAGCGCCAAGCAGGACUCCAGCAAGAUGGCAGAGCUGCAGAAAAGCCUUAAGGAAUCGCAAGAGGCUUUGGCAGUUGAAGCCAGGAAGAGUCACGCUGCACAGGAGAAGCUCAGCCAGCUGGAGGAACAGUUCCAAGAAGCAGCUGACAAAGAGGCGAAAGCCAUGAGAACGUACGCGGCCAAGGAGAGGGGUGCGGAGGAGAAAAUCCGCAAGCUUGAGGAUUCCCUUCGUGCGGUUUCCGAGAAGCUGGUCGAAGUUGAGCACGAGAAAGCACAACUGGAAAGGGAGACCGAGAAGCAGCACCGCAAUCCCGAUGAAGCAGUAAAGAAGCUCAAGGAUACGGUGCUGAUCCUGAAGGACACGCUUUCCUGCAAGGAGGAAGACAUCACCGCCAAAAACGCCCAAGUUGUGGAAACCAUGGCAUGCCUCAAGGCCGUUGAGGCCGAGAACCGACGCUUGCAAGCCGAGCUAGAGGCAGCUGCAAAGGAAACGAGCAAGCUUCAGCAAGACCACGCCUUUGCCAAGGGAGAGGUCGAUAAGCUGAAGGCAAAAAUGCAGAAGAAGGACACAGAGGAAGAUUUCGUCAAACUUGGCUGGAACAGUGAUGACGAAGUGGAAGAGGUGACAGAGGACUUCGGCUUCCAAAAGGUGUACAGCGCUUCAGCGGCUUCUGCAUGA